UCCAACCGGGAUUUCGGGAAAACUGUGGCAUUUUGGGGAAAGUUAGAUAGGUCAGGUGGGGUGUUCUCAGACUUCCCAAGUCCAGAGGGUAUAAAACAGGGGCAGGAAUAUUCCAUAAGGACAGACUGACACUAACAGACUGCAAACAUGCUGAGGUUCGUCCUGUUGAGCGCUCUCGCAGCCCUGGGUAAGAAAUUACCAUCUCUAUACAAACUCUCUCUCCUUGAGACUCUCUCUCUACCUCUCUCUCUCGUGCUUUGACACACUCAGAGACGCAAAGUAUUUAUUCACCCAGCUGAUUGAGACUAGAUUUAGAUUUUAUUAGGAUCCGACGGCAAUGGCAACAGCUAUUCUUCCUGGGGUCCGACACAUACAGAAAACGACAUUACAAACAAAAAUACUUUACAAUUGACAUACAUUUAAAAACAUUAACAUAGACGUUACAGACUUACGUGCAUAAAUAAAUGACUACAUACAGUAUUGAUAUGUCUUAACUAGGUUAACUAGGUCAAAAAGGGGAGAGACCAGUGGACCGCAAGGUAUGAACGGGGGUUGGAAAAGCUAGCUUCCUACAAUUCCACACAUAUUGUUAUUGGGCAAAGACAAAAAAUGUGCAGUUUUAUAGCUAAUCUCAUGCUAAACUGCCUUCAGAAAGUAUUCACACCCCUUGACUUUUUCCAGUGCUGUCUGAGAAUCUGGUGCCCCAGCCCAGAUACCUAGAAGAUGGAGCUGAGGAGAGGGUUGUGGGUGGCGAGGUCGCCCAGCCCAACUCCUGGCCCUGGCAGGUAAAACAUUAUCCUUCUCAUAGUCUCUCGUAGCCUGGAGGAACCAGCCUGAUUGCUGCGAUCACCAUUCUGUGCAGUAAAACAGGCUGGUUCCACCAGUGAAGUCUCCUGUGACAGCCUAGCUGAUUUGGAUCUGGGUGUCAACAUUAGCCUGCCGCUCCCAGAACUUUCUGUGCUUCAGCCAGUUCCUCUGUACUAGAGGAGUUGGCCAUGGGACCUGGGAUCCAGCAAGGAUCAGCUGCACCUGAUAGUUUCAUACGAUGAAGAAACUAACUUUUCGGUACAUAUUUUUUGUUCUAAUACUCUCCUCCCUUCUUUAACAUCCUCCUCUCACCCCCCUCUCUCACCCCCCCCCCCUCUUUCUCACCCCUCUCUCUCUCUCUCUCUCUCUCUCUCGCUCUCUCUUGCUCUCGCUCUCUCUCUCAGAUCUCUCUCCAGUAUUUGUCUGGCAGCUCCUACUACCACACAUGCGGAGGUACUCUGAUCAGGAGGGGAUGGGUCAUGACUGCUGCUCACUGUGUGGACAGGUAGGACAAAGGAAGACAUAAGAUUUUAUAGCGAAACUAUGAAACCUCUUGACAAGGUAGCAUGGCGUUAGGUUAAAGCUGAGAGCCGCGAAAGGUAACACAGCGCCACUGUCAACGGAGGAGAUGAGCUUCCAGCGUUGUGAUAAACAAAAAUCAUAGUACAUACUCUGCAGUUCUAUCACGCGUGCAAUGAUGUCAAAGAAAAAAAACUGUCAGCUGUUUAGAGUAGGCCUAACGUACGUGGCAGUUUCAUCGCAGCAGAUUCCAACUUUAAGAUCGCUAUAAUAUGGAUGUAUGUUGUAUAACUUCCUAAGUGACUUCCUAAGUGACCAAUGUAUUAUUGUGUGUGUGUCUCCAGCCAGAGGACUUGGCGUGUGGUUCUGGGAGACCACCACCUGAACAGCAACGAGGGUAAGGAACAGAUCAAGACCGUCAGCCAGGUCUACAUCCACAACGGGUGGAACUCCAACAACGUCGCUGGAGGGUAAGGACCGUUUUAAAAGUUUAUAAAUUGAUCGUUUUUUUCCCAACAGUUUUUUAAAAAUAUUUAUUUUACAUUUACAUUGACUGAUAAGAAUUUGAGUAUAAUAUGGGUCAGUACAUCAUAAAUGUUUACUAUAACCAAUAUGUAAUUACUGUGACAUAUACGUCUCCACAAGUGACAUACGGUAUAACUAAUAUGUCAGCCAAGGUGACUACAUUUAACUACGGGGGUCAAGUGUCACACUUUAAAAAUAUAUAUUCUAGCGAGACCAUGUUGCGGCUAUAUCAGAUCUUAAAAAUAAAUAAAAAAGUGAUGCUGUGUAUGUUUAUAAAACAGUGACCCAAGGAGCUAUAUUUAGGCAGAUCCUCUUAGCAUUUAGUAGAUAUUCCACAAUAAUAAAUAAUAAAUAAAUAAUAAAUAUGUUACAUAUUGGGUUGCCAUAAGUACAGAAUAGAAAGGUUGGGAGAAAGUGCAGAAACACUGUGAGAAAGAUUUAUAACCUGAAGUGAAAACGACUCCUCGGACGUACCCUUUUGUUCCUCUGGUAUGAUACUGUGCUCUUCUAUUUCUUAGAUAUGACAUCGCCCUGCUGCGUCUGUCCACCGAGGCUUCCCUGAACUCUGCUGUCCAGCUGGCUGCUCUUCCUCCAUCUGGCCAGAUCCUGCCCAACAACAACCCUUGCUACAUAUCCGGAUGGGGACGCACCCAGAGUUAGUAGCAACCUAUUAUCUCAAUGUAACCUCAAACGCAUUAAAAACAUUUCAUUGUCCUCGCAUACAGUACAGGCCCAGAGACUACCCAUAACUAAUCACAACCCUGAAUAUGACACUAACAGAGCUGGCAAAUGAGGGUCUUUUGGGAUUUAUACUUAAGCAAUAAGGCCCAAGGGGGUGUGGUAUAUGGCCAAUUUACCAUGGCUAAGGGCUGUUCUUACGCACGACGCAACGCUGAGUGCCUGGAUACAGCCCUUAGCCGUGGUAUAUUGGCCAUAUACCACAAACCCCCCGAGGUGCCUUAUUGCUAUCAUAAACUGGUUACCAAAGUAAUUAGAGCAGUAAAAAUAAAUGUUUUGUCAUACCCGUGGUAUACCACGGCUUUCAGCCAAUCAGCAUUCAGGGCUCGAACCACCUAGUUUAUAAUUGUUCUUAAGCAUGUAAGUGACAUAUAACUAAGCAGGUUAGGUUUUUCUUCAUGAAUCUUUUUCUGGAGGCGGCUCUGCAGAGUGGUCAGUAGCUGGCAGUCACAAAGUCAUAAAAUCUGAUUUUAAACCUAACCUUUACCCUAACCACACUUCUAACCUUAAUGCCUAACCCUCGUUGUAUCGCGUGUGUUUUUGUUCUACCUUGUUUUUUUCUAGUAUUACUUUGUUAUUGAUUAUUGCAUUGUUGGGUUUUGAGUUUGCAAAAAAGGCAUUUCACUGUACUUGUGCAUGUGACAUUAAAACUUGAAACUAACCCUAAUCUUAAAUGAAGAUCAAAAAGCCAAUUUUUGUUUUCAUGAAUCUUUACAAUAUAGCACAUUUUUACUCUGCAGCUGGCCUAUCUAAGGGGAAACCGCUCAGUUUUGAUAACAGGACAAGACUCAUGACAAUAAACAUCAUCCUGCUAUAACUAAUGUCAACCGAGAUGACAUAUGGUUAAAUUUACUUAUUUUGACAUAUUCUAAAUGAAACCAUAUUGAAUUAUCAUAUCCUGUUCCUCUGAAAUGCAUCCCCUGUUCUUCACUAUCAGCUGAAGUGAUAUAUAACUACAAUAGAUAAAUGUCACUAUUUUAUUUUACAUAUUCUAAUAAAGCGUCCCCUGUCUGCCCUAUAGCCGGCGGUUCUCUGUCCAACAGCCUGAAGCAGGCUUGGCUGCCCAGCGUUGACCACCAGACCUGCUCCAGCUCUGGCUGGUGGGGAUCUACCGUCAAGACCUCCAUGGUCUGCGCCGGAGGCGGAGCCAACUCUGGUUGCCAGGUAAGACCAGUGUAAUUGAGGGGGAGGUGGAGGGGGGGGGGGUGUAGACCGAUCGGUUUGGGAUUUGAACCCACGACCCUGCAUCUGUCCUUCUAAAACCUUAAACACUACACCAAGAGGUUUGAAGAUGAUUUGUCUUGGUGGGGUUAUACUGCUGUAACAUAUGUAUGGAUGCAUUUUAUUGACUUUAUAUUCAUUUAUCAUUUGAAUUAUAUCUUAGCUUAGCUACAUGUUUAGAAAAUAAAAAUAACCAUUUAUAUUUUGUAAGCGACAGACACUUUAUGUUAUACAUAAAUUCAUGAAGUAAUAAAUGUGUAAGAAUCAAAAAUGUGUAACUCAGCCCUGGUGAAGCUCUCCCUCUCCAUCGUUCUAGGGAGACUCUGGCGGCCCCCUGAACUGCCAGGUCAACGGUCAGUACUACGUCCACGGAGUGACCAGCUUCGUGUCCUCUUCUGGAUGCAACGCCAACCGCAAGCCCACCGUCUUCACCCGUGUGUCUGCUUACAUCAGCUGGAUGAACGGGGUACGUACCUUAUAGCUAGGGGACAGGAGGAGAACAUUACUUAAUUUCUCUCAAAGCUAAGUCUAUGGCAUUGUUAUGCACAUUUUAAUUAGUCGAAUCGGUGUCCGUCUCAGCAACAAUACUGACUGUAUUUUGGGCAAAUGUCUGAAUCCUGGUCUAAUUAAUUGUCUUUCCUUUCCUCUGCAGAUCAUGGGUUGAAAGGGAACAUGGUCAUCGAGCAGAAAGACAGAACCCAAGGCACUGAUCCGGAAUCACCACCAACCCAGCUCAAUUUAAUUCACAUUUUGCUGCAAAAGUUCAAUAAACUUUAUCGACUUUGGAGUAAACCUUUCAUCAUGUUUACUUUUUACUGUUCAUGUCAAAUCCACCCUGUCAUUAAUUACUUCACUGAAUUGUGUGCGUUAUGAGUGUAAAUUGAGCGGGGUAUUUUGUGACUACAAAGUUUGUUAACUGGAUGUAAUAUCAAGAACAUCAAAGAAUCUAGAAAAGAAUGGUGCUCUUUUAAUUUUAUGUUCUAUAAAUUAAUCCUCAUUAUGAACAUCCUUGCAAAUGCAGGGGCAACAUAAACUGACUGAAAUAAGGUAUUGGUGUGUAUUCGAGGCAUUGCUUACUACUACAGUACGUCCAACCUGCCUCACCUGGGUUGCCGUCUGAAAAUGAGUUACUGACUGAACCGGUUGAACCCGUUGUACUUUUACUGUACGAGUCAAGUUCAGAAAAAAAAGUAACUUAAUCUCAUGCACAAUUGCUAAGAAACGCCCCUUGAGGAUGAACAUUAAUGUGCUCCCAUACAGAUAAUAAUUCAGUGA